AGUGAUGAGGUGGAGGAAUGUAAUCCUCGGGUGCCCAGCCCCACCUCAGUGACCUUACAGCUGCUCCAGGAGUGGAGCCAUCAUGAUGUGAGGGAGCGAGAGGACUACGCCGGAGCAGAGACACCAGGAGAGACCUCCACACAGCCCCUCGCUAAGGAGGUCCUCAGGAGGAGGGAGGAGGUGCGGUCAGGGAGGUUUGCGCGCUAGGCUCGUCCUCUGAACACAGCCAGGAUGAUGCAGCAGAUCCUGAGGGACAUGUUCAUCGAGCCGGAUCUGUUGGCAGAACUCAACGAGGAACAGAAGCACAUCCUGUUCUACAAGAUCCGGGAGGAGCAGGUCCGGCGCUGGACGGAGCGGGAGAGCCAGAGCGCGGUUCCGCCGGGCCCGCCACGGGGAGGUGGUGGUAAAGGGGUCCAGUGGCUGCUGGGCAGUGAUGGGGACGUGUGGGUGUGGGUGAUGGGCGAAGCUGCUGGAGACACGCCCUACGAGGAGAUUGUGACGGAGCUGAUGGAGGAGAGGGCCAGGAAACAGGCCCAGCAGGAGGCCCGGGAACUGUGGAAAGCGAAGGAGGCGGAAAUAGAGAGGAAGUUCCGGGAUGCAAUGGCCAAGGAGAAAGCCCGCUUUGUGGCAGGAAAAUGGAGGGAAGAGACAGAGGACAGGAAGGCAGCCAAACAAGAGGAAGAAGGCAUCCAAGCGGAGCUAAAGAAGUGGGAGGUGGAGGAGAGGCAGAGAGAGGAAAAAGAGAUCAGACGCAGGGAGGAGUGCAGAGCCAAGGAGCUGUACCUCUCCCUGAGAGAGGAGGAGAAGAGCGACGAGCAGGAGGACAAGGAGUGGCAGGAGCAGCUGCGCCGCUCCAAGGCUGCGGACGAGGAGAAGCAGCGGAAGGCCCGCUGGGCGCGGGACGAGUACAGGCGCCAGUCCCUGCGGGCCGUGGAGAAGGGGCGGGGCGCCGGGCUUGGCGAGCCCUUCCAGAAGACGCAGGGCAACGGGCCGGGCCAGAACCGGAGACACAGCGAUGUCAUCGCUGCUCCCCCCGCUGGAUCCGCCCAGGCUCACCACCACAGGGGCCUGCAGCCAGCCGCCCCCCCACUUUACCGCCGCCGUCACAAUCGCAGGCACAGCAGUGUGGGAGUGCUGCCCCCUACAGACAGCCCAGCCUGGGUGAGACCAGCCCGACCCAGCUCACGCGAGUCCAUUCUACUGUGGUUCCGAGAAGAACAGCGACCCAAACGGGCCGGGUACGAGCGCAACAGCAGCAGCAUCGCCCCCUGGUUCCACGGCAUAAUCUCUCGCCAGGACUCGGAGGCCCUGUUGAUUAACGCUGAAGAGGGCUGUUUCUUGGUGAGGGUGAGCGAGCGCAUUUGGGGGUACACUCUGUCGUACCGCACGGCCGGCGGCUUCAAACACUUCCUCAUCGACGCCUCGGGGGACUACUACAGCUUUCUGGGCGUGGACCAGAGCCGCCAUGCCACACUGGCCGACCUCAUCGAUUUCCACAAGGAGGAGGUGAUCACCACGUCAGGAGGAGAGCUCCUGCAGGAGGCUUGUAGGAAGAAGGGCUCCUCUCCAGACUUCGGGGGCCUCUUUUAGUGAACAUGCUGUGGAUUCCUCACCCUAUCCAUCUCUAUUGGCCAAUACCCAAACCCCCUCUAACAUUACCCUGUAUCCACAAUUGUCCAAUCAGACUUUGCUAAAAACACAUUUUCAAAAGACCUUUAACUCUUUAGACACUAGUUCAACAACAAAACAAAAAUAAAACACACCUGCAGACCUCAAAACAUUCAAUCAUACAACAUAAUUUGGUUCUGAUAGUGGAGAAAAAUUAACUUUAAAGUAAUCAUCAAGAAUUAUACUGGUGUCUUAAGAGUUCAAGUAUUUUGUAUAAUUAUUCGGUGUAGGUCUAUGCCUAAUAAUACUACACUUUAUUUCUAAAGUGCUUUAAUGGAGAACACUGUGAUGGUGGCAGCGGGGUGGGUGAAUCCCACGUGGGUCGGCUGCCUGUUGCCUUAUCCUCCCACAGAAACCUGAAGCCAAUUUGGACCUGCAGCUCCUCGUACCUCCCGUCUCAGAAAUCUCUGACUGCAAACAUUAUGGUGAUUCUCUAUGCUGCUCUCAUACACAAAGCCCAGAGGGAUUCCUGAAGUGGACAGAUAUUAGGUCAAAGGUUGAGUUACAGCUCUGCAGGGAAGCUUUGCUCGAAGGCAGAUUCCCACAAGUGGAGAAAGGAGAAUCCAGCCGGUACAGAUUUGCAUUGUUGUAUCGGCGUUUGGUUCGGCCCAUUGACUGCGGGCUAAGAGGCCGUGGGCUUCCCCUUCAGAACACUUUCCAGCAGCCCACACUGUGAAUCAAUCAGCUUGGAGCACUGUGCAGCAGGUUGUGCUGUGAAUCAGCUCAUAGGGCGAUUCAGAGAUUCAGAUUCUGAGCUGCGCAGCAGUUCUCGCAGUGAACCACUCGCCUUGCAGCAAUGUGCAACAGGUCGCACCGUACUCAGAGCAUAUCACUACAGUUUGCAGGUAGUAGCAACGAGACCGUCUUCAGUUUCCAGCUUGCUGAAAGUUUCAAGUAUGCCUUUCCUCAUCUCCAAUGUGCACUGGGGAGAUCUGGGAUAGGAAAAGGUCAGAGACAGCUAGCAGCUUCGCCCAGGGCUCAACCGUACCCAACAAUCACAGCAAUGAUAAGUGUCAUUAAACAGGCUAAAUGUUCCUCCUCAGGAAGUGAGAUGGAGCAGAACAGCCAGUGGUUUGGUCUCCUGCCGUGUGGAAAAGAUCUCGUUAUCUCGUUUCCACGGAGGCGCCUCGUUAGUGCCGCUGGCGAUUUUCCAGAGGAGAUUGCCUUACCGUCUCCAAAGGGGGUAACCAGAGCCCCAGAACCACUACCUCUCUGCAUCUUCCAUCCAAACAGGACCGGAGUGCGCCCCCUUACGGCAAACAGUAACGCACAGGUUUGAGUCUCCAGGGGCCUGCGUGUGACCCCUGACACCCGCCCAGCUCCGAUUUCCACAGGUCGCCAGAGGUUUGCAUAGUUACAGGAAAGAUAGUAUUAAGGGGGAAAAAAAGUCUAUGGUGCUGCUGGGGAACAGGAAACAGGAGCUGGAGGAAGAGCUUACCCAGGGAUGAGUGCUCAGGUUACUGGCUGUGCAUGACACCAGGAUGGGAGGGGGGAAAGGGGCAGAGAGAGCCAGAACAUCACUGUGGAACACAGCAGUUCUCUUCUUCAUCACGGAUUCAUUACACGCUGAGAGACUUUUGGGAUUUUUCCUACAGCUGAGCCAGACAGGAAGUGUUGAUACGAGACAAUUGGCCGUUUGUCAGCUCUAAUUCUUCAGAGGCCACUUCAGCGUGCUCAUUCGCCCCUAACGGAGACCCUUUUUACCACCCGUUCUUCUGGUUCCAAACCGGGGUUUGCUUGGUUUUUUUUCAGUGCAAUCAUGCAGUUUCCAUCACCUUUAACUUACAAGACUACCAACUGAGUGAAGAGUGAAGAGUCGUGACUCCUCCAUCAGGUCCUGCCAAUCUCAGCACAGGUUCUGAGCUAGGAUGAAUCACAGCACUGGAUUUUAAAGUUGCUCUGUGGAGAGACACAAACUGAACCAUAAGCACCAAUCAAACACCUACAGGUCAGGAGAUACCACUGCCCUGAACUUGUAAAUCUGCCAUUUAACAAAUAUUUCUAUUCUGUUUGGUGGUUUUUGAGUGCUUGGAUGUUGAAAUCAUCCCAACAGCAACAAACAAAAUGCGAACACAUUCCACUCUGCUGCAAACAGUAACCCUUGACUCCCAGAGAUGUCUUUCACAGUUUAUGUUCUUAGCCUUCCAACAAAAAGCACACAAUAAAACCUUCACUUAAAACAUCUCAAACUGAGGGGAAAAUUCAGCUUAUUGUGAGCAGGUUCUCCCUCCCCACAGGUGCAGCAGCAGCUCUUCGUAACAGAAGAACAGCCUUCUGAAAUCAAUAUCUUAACAUUACCAGCAAGUUAAAAAAACACAAUCUAAAAAACGGCAUUCUGCAAUAGACAAUUUUGAACACUAGAGGGCUCCAAAACUAAUUGACUUCAAGUCCCUAAUGGCAUGUUUACAUUCUCAAGACUGUAAACUGCAUGAAAAGCUGUCUAGCUUCUCAGCUGUACAUUUAAGAAAUAAA